CCACCACUCUGGGACGUGGUGGGGCUUGGGCAAGCUAUGGUGGACAUCAGUGCUGCCGUCGAUGACGAUUUCGUGGCAAGAGCUGGCCUUGACAAGGGCAGCCGCAGGAUCAUCUCAGUGGAAGAGCGAGCAAAGCUGCUAGAAGCACUGGACGGUAGUGCGUACCAGGUCAGUGCCGGCGGCUCGCUGGCAAACACACUGGUGGCAGCGUCGCACCUCAGCCGAGCAGAUCACUGCAACCGGGGCGGCGGCCUCCCGAGGAUCGGCAUGCUGUCAGUGUCAGGCGAUGACUUGCAGGGGUCCUUCCACUGCGCGCAGAUGCAGCAUGCUGGCAUCCGGCUCCUCUCAGAGCCGCUGCCGGGAACUAGCACCGGCACAGUGAUCGUCCUGACAACGCCAGACGCCAACCGCACCUUCCUGUCCUACCUCGGCAGCUCGCAGACGCUCACCCUCUCGGCCGCAGCGGAGGCCGCAAUCUGCCGUACGCGCGUGCUAAUAGUGGAGGGGUACUUGUGGGAGAUGCUGGGCGCGAAGGAGGCGAUCGGCGCCGCAGUGCGGCUUGCGAGGGAGAGCGGCGCGCUUGUUGCGAUGACCACCGGCGACCCCGGCCUCGUCGCGCGGCACCGCGGCGAGUUCUGGAGGCUGCUCAGCGGCGGCGAUGUGGAUGUACUCUUUGCCAACAGGGCUGAAGCGAGCGCUUUGUUGGAGCAUCCAGUGAGUGCUGCGGAGGCUGCGUCAGAGCUGGGCUCGCUGUGCUCCCUUGCAGCAAUAACUGAUGGAGCCAAUGGAUCAUGCAUCUCAGCACUAGGCCGCCUUCAGGUGGUACCGCCAUACUGGACAACAGAUACUCCAGUGGACACCUGUGGGGCGGGGGAUGCCUACUGCGCAGGGCUGCUGUAUGCCUAUCUGUCUGGCUUGGAUCUGGCCAGCAUGGGGCGGUGCAGCGCGAGGGUAGCAAGCGCAGUUUUGAGCAGG